AUGGCAGGACGUGUAUUGCAAAUUUUAAACAAGAUUUUCAUAGUUGUGAAAAUGAUUAAUUUGAUUUUGUUAAUCAAUAAUAGACAAAAUAGUAAAAUCGGUACUGAAAUGUGGCAAAUAAAUCUACAACUCAUUAAAAAAUUGGACCCUGACAGUUUCCAACAACAAAUACAAACAUGUCUUGGUGAUCCAUUUUUGGCUACUACCUGUAUGGAUAAUCGAGUCGUCUACAAAACUAUAUAUUUAGUUUGGGCAAUUGGUGUUGAUAAUAACAUGUGCAAUCUUUCUUAA